AUGAUACGGGACCUGCCGCAAGACGAGCGCCCACGUGAACGUCUCCAGCGAUAUGGUCCCAGCAGCCUGAGCAACUCUGAACUCAUCGCUAUUCUGCUGCGUGUCGGGUCGGCAGGGGAGAGUGUACUGAAUUUGUCCGCUCGAGUGUUGUCAACCUAUGGCGGUCUCGGAGGCGUUGCAAAGGCGUCCUAUGGCGAACUCUGCGGCUUACACGGCAUCAGCGCCGCCAAAGCCUGCCAACUCUUGGCUGCGCUCGAGCUUGGGAGGCGCAUGACAUCGCUCCAGCCGGACGACAGAGUAAGAAUAAACACGCCGCUCGACGUGUUCAACCUGCUCAGCGCAGAAAUGGGCUUUCUCGUUCAGGAACAUCUAAGAGUGUUGCUGCUGAACACGAAGAACGAGGUGCUGGCGACGCAUGAAAUUUACAAGGGCAAUGUGAACUCCGCAGUGGUGCGCGUCUCGGAGGUGCUUCGGCCGGCAGUGAGGGAGAAUUGCCCCAACAUCAUAAUCGCGCACAAUCAUCCCUCUGGUGAUCCAACUCCUAGCCCGGAGGACAUUCUUGUAACGCGCCAGAUUCGCACCUGCGCCGAGAUGAUGGAUAUCGAACUGCUCGACCAUGUUGUUAUCGGCAAUCGGCGCUUUGUCAGCCUGAAAGAGCGACGACUAGGAUUUGACGGCAACGCCGCUGGCAGCAGCGACUUUGGGCUGGCGGCAGAAAGGAAGUAG